CAUGAAUCGCAGAUUUUUUAAAUUUGCAAAUUGAGCACGAUUUAAACCAACUUUUUUUUUUUUUUUUUUUUAUAUUGUUAAGGCCACUUGUCCUGUGAUAUUUCAAUCAAACCUACCCUUUAUAUGCAGUUUCUAGUAAAGUAUAGUCUGCCUGACUGUUUACAUAGAAACUACAAUGAAGUAGUGACAAAUAUAUCCUACUAAUAUACAGAAUGCACAUACACAUACACAUAUGUUCAAAUAACGAUAUUCAACAUCAGCAGCAUGAAUGUAAAAUCUAAUUUCCCCAUAAAAUUAAUUCGACACUAGUGGGCGUGGCACAGAACAGGUGAGACGACAGGAGAAGGAAAUCUGUGAAACAGGAAGCUGUGAAGGCGAAGGAAAAUGCCAGAGAGGGGAAGACACCACCAGAGGAGUGAUGAGUAUGAGAGCAGGGAGAGGGACUAUCCAUACAAAGGAGACCACCACACUUCAAACAGCAGAGGUCCCGACCGAAACCCAAGGGCAGCGGACAAGAGAGGCUCUGCUGGUGACAGGAGGGCCAAACAAAACAACAGACAGAGGGACGUGCCAAGCGCCUCUCACAAGGAGCCACCUGCUUACAGAAACCCUGACCAUGAAGGACCCUCAGGACUGUCCAGAGAGACUUCUUUUUAUCACUCUGAAGCGGAGUAUUACGAGCAGCACCAAAAACCAGCUCUUUACAAUUUCAGAUACAUUUUAACCUCUAGAGGUCUCUGCCAGGUUAUGGAGCUGUUUAUGAAUCUUCUUAUUGUCAUCUGUGCCGGAGUGCCGUACAGCAACAAUGGGGGCUACAGAGAUCUGGCCAGCCUGGGUGGAAUCUACUAUUAUCACUUCGGUGGAGCCAAUGCCUUCACUGGAGCUGACGCAGACCGUGUGAAGGAGCUGGACCGCCUCUUCCAUGAGCUCAAGCGGCCUCCUUACAUCUUCACCAUGGCAUGUGGAGGGGUUUUGAUGAUCUACGUCUGUGCCAUGCUUGCCUUGGGGGUUUUCAGAGUGCCUUACCGCUGGCCCCCCGUGCUGCUAGGGGAGGCUCUGCUUAACCUCCUGAUUGGCCUGGGCUAUAUCCCAGCACUGGCCUUCUACUUUAUUAAGCUACAGGAAACCUAUGACAGUCCAAUCUGCAAGGAGAGAGAACAGAUGUACAAGAGCAAAGGUCACAAGGGCUUUGAGUGUCAGUUCCAUGGUGCAGAUAUUGCAACAGGUCUGUUUGCGGUGCUGGGGGUGUUUGUUUUUAUCUUUGGUGCAGUGUUAGCCGUCAAAGCCUUCAAGUCAGUACGGGAGCUAAAGAAGCAAAGGACAAACGAGGACGAUCGUCUGUAACAAAGAUUUUUUAACCUGUUUAUAUCCCUCAGAAAUCUAACCCCUGUUGAAUUAUAUUUUUUUGUGAUAUAUAUAUAUAUAUAUAUAUAUAUAUAUGUAUUUUUUUUUGCAGCCCUUUUUUAUGCU